AUGUGAAACAUUAGGAGGAGCUCUGUUAUUCUGUCUCCUUUUUAGCGUCGGUGACAUCAGAAGUGGGCCGGGCUGCUCCAGAGAGAAGGAGAGGAAGAGAGGUGGGGAGAGGGGGGGGGGAAACAACCACCACCACCCUCCCCCAUCCUCAGUGGAAAACGCAGCCGAUCAGCCGUCGGGGGUUCAGUCGUACAGAGCAGCCGGUUCAGUGAGCGCGCCGGGUGCCUCAGCCAUGCCAUAACUACGGCCCCCCCCUGCUAAAACCCAGGAUACAGCGGCCCCGCGGCCCUCAGGAGAGGACCUGCAGACAGCAUGCAGCCUGCGCAGACCCUGUGCAGCCUGCGCAGACCCUAACCACAGCACUCCCAGCGUCCACCGCGAGAGCAGACUGAAGAGCGGUCGCAACAUCUCACGCGCCAACAGAGUCCAGGUUUGGAGAGAGCGAACUUGCUGAGAGAGGUCCGUGGCAGCGUGGGGAAGCAGCGGCGGCCUCAGGCACGGCGGCAGCCAUGCGGAGCGCGACGUGGAGGCUGUGCGUCGCGCUGUGUCUCUGCGCCUGGGGCGCGGGGGUCUGCCGGGCGGCGGGGGGGGAGCCCCGGGCGAGGCGGCGGCGCUCGCCCGACGACGAGGCCAGGAGGUGCUCCUACACCUUCCUGGUGCCCGAGCAGAGGAUCACGGGCCCCAUCUGCGCCAGCUCCACGGGGCCGGAGCCCGACAAGGACCGGGUGACGCGCGUGGACAUCGCCGACGUGCGGGAGGUGCUGUCCAAGCAGCGGCGGGAGAUGGAGGUGCUGCAGCUGGUGGUGGACGUGGACGGCAACCUGGUGAACGAGGUGAAGCUCCUGCGCAAGGAGAGCCGCAACAUGAACUCGCGCGUGACGCAGCUCUACAUGCAGCUGCUGCACGAGAUCAUCCGCAAGCGCGACAACUCGCUGGAGCUGGCGCAGCUGGAGAGCCGCGUGCUCAACGUCACCGCCGAGAUGCUGCGGCUGGCCGCGCGCUACAAGGAGCUGGAGCUGCGCUUCUCCGCGCUCGCCGGCCUGGUCAACAACCAGUCGGCGCUGAUCACGGCGCUGGAGGAGCAGUGCCUGCGCACGUACACCCGCCAGGAGCUGCCCGAGAUGCCGCCGCUGGUGCAGGUGGUGCCGGAGCACCUGCCGGUCAACACCCGCUUCACCAACGAGAUCCAGCGGGACCACAGCCGCGCCUUCCCCCGCGGCUCCCGCAUGGACUCCUCCGGCGCCACCGCCAGCCCGCUGGGGUUCCCCCCCCCGCCCCAGGGCACGCUCAGCUCGGACGGGCCAUUUCGGGACUGCUACCAGGUGCGGCAGGCGGGGUACUCCACCAGCGGGAUGUACCUGCUGAGGGUGGAUGGCACCGAGUACCUCCUUCAGGCGUGGUGCGAGCACGGCCUGGACAACGGGGGCUGGACCGUGUUUCAGAGAAGGAAGGACGGCUCGGUCAACUUCUUCAGGAACUGGGAGAGCUACAAGAAAGGGUUUGGGAACAUAGACGGUGAGCACUGGUUGGGUCUGGAGAACAUCUACAACAUGGCCAAGCAGGUGGACUACCGUCUGCUGGUGGAGAUGGAGGACUGGGUGGGCAAGAAGGUGUACGCGGAGUACAGCAGCUUCCACCUGGAGCCGGAGAGCGAGUUCUACAGGCUACGCCUCGGUACCUACCAGGGCAACGCUGGAGACUCACUCAGCAGCCACAAUGGAAAGCAGUUCACCACCCUGGACCGUGACAAGGACGCCUUUUCAGGUAACUGUGCGCACUUCCACAAGGGGGGCUGGUGGUACAACGCGUGCGGCCAGACCAACCUGAACGGCGUGUGGUACGCGGGCGGGGUCUACCGCAGCAAGUUCCAGGACGGAAUCUUCUGGGCCGAAUACGGAGGCGGUUCCUACUCCCUCAAAUCAGUGCGCAUGAUGAUUCGCCCGAUUGACUGAGGACAAACAGGAUGGACACCCCCCCCCAC